UGGGCCAUCGACGAUGGUCUGAGAGGCCUUACAAGGAUUCGGACGAUGGUGCGCCUUUAGCGAGAUUGAUAAGGAUUUACAAGUGUUUCUCAAAUGCAUCAGCGGCGCGUUAUCACGUGGCGACGGGACUUCCAACUUCGUGGACUACUUAUCAUUCACUUGUUGACUCUUUCCCACGCGAAUUUCCUCGACCUUGUCCUGCAUCUCCAUUACCACUGCGAUCCUACAGUGAACGACAAUGUCUUCUCACAAGCGUCAACUCUCCAGUCAAUCCUUGAAAGAUCCGCCCCACGUGAUCGACAGCAAACGCACGUACAAACGACAACGGCCGAAUGAAGCAGACAGAUCAGAGCUGAUGACGAGUAUUUCGAGGAUUGAGCAACUACCGGUAGAGAUUCUGGAGAGGAUCUUUGUGGACUCG